AUGGCGCAAUUUGUGUUUUUCUCAAGAUUUGGUCCGUCCAUCAUCGGUUUUGUCGUUAAUGGAACUGCAAAACUUUUUUCUUCUCGGUAUGUUGCUUUGUUGGAUUUUAGUUACAAGUUUACAACAUUGGUUUAUUAUUAUUUCAGGAAACAAUUAAAAAUAGUUUUUUGUUUUCCAAACUCAAACCUAAUAUACAAAUUUAGUAAAGCUUUCGACACCAUCUCACCUAACCUUGGACCUUUAUUGGUGCCCACUUCUCAUGUAUCUGUGCUCCAAAGAACAGAAUUAUUCUCCAGCAUGAUGCUGAGUAAACACUAGGCCAAGAUAAACCA